AUGGGUAAACGAGAAAAGAAGACAGCAAAAGGUCGAUUAGAUAAAUAUUAUAGAUUAGCAAAAGAACAAGGUUAUAGAGCUAGAUCUGCCUUCAAACUUAUUCAACUUAAUAAACGAUAUCAAUUUCUUGAAUCGGCUAGAUGUUGUAUCGAUCUUUGUGCUGCACCAGGUGGUUGGCUUCAAGUUGCUGCUAAAUGGAUGCCAGCUAACAGUCUGAUUCUUGGGGUUGAUUUGGUACCUAUUAAGCCUAUACCAAAGGUUGUAACGGCUACAGAGGAUAUUCGAACUGAUAGUUGUAGACGAUGGCUUCGAAGUGAACUCAAGGAUUGGAAAGCCGAUGUUGUGUUGCACGAUGGUGCACCGAAUGUCGGUACUGCAUGGGUUCAAGACGCUUUCAGUCAAGCAGAGCUAGUCUUACAUUCUUUUAAACUGGCCACUGAGAUGUUAGCUCCAGGUGGAACGUUCGUCACAAAGGUUUUCAGAUCAAAAGAUUAUAAUUCACUUUUAUAUGUCUUUAAUCAACUUUUCAAAAAAGUCGAAUCAACCAAACCACCUUCGUCUCGUAACGUUUCAGCCGAAAUCUUUGUAGUUUGUCAAGAUUUCUUAGCUCCUAAGAAAAUCGAUCCUCGACUUCUCGAUCCGGCUCAUGUUUUCAAAGAUCUUGAUUUAGUACCAAUAGCAGCUGAUGGGGAUACGGAGGGACAUAGUAACAAGCUUACUCCGAAUGCUCAAAAUGUUUUCAAACCUGAAAAGAAGAAACGUGCACGUGAUGGUUAUGAAGAUGGGGAUUACAUCUUACAUAAAACUGUAGCAGCUACAGAACUUAUCAAGGCUAAUGAUCCUAUUAAACUUCUUGGUGUGGCUAAUACUAUCACAUUUGGAAAAACAGAUGAAGAUAAGAUGAUUUUAAAAAUGAAAUGUACCAGCAAGGCAAUAUUAACAGAUCUUCAAGAUUUAAAAGUAUUAGGAAAAGGAGAAUUCAAAAAGAUUUUGAAAUGGCGUCUUGCGGUUAGAGAAAUCUUAGGUCUCACUAUUAAAAAAGACCCUGCGGAGGAUUUACCACAAGAUGCUGUAGAGAUUCAGCCUUUAGAUGAAGAUGAGGAAAUGGAACAAGAACUUCAACGUAUUCAAGAAGAAAGCGGCCUACAAAAGAAACGCGAGCGAAGAAGGUUAAACGAGAAACGCACGCGAGAUCUCCAGCGAAUGCAACUUCAGAUGACAACACCCAUGGAUAUCGGAUUAGAACGAGCAGAUGACGAAGUUUUCGGAUUGGAAGAAAUUGAUCAGAAUGACUUUGGUUCUGACCAUGGUCAAGAAGGUUUUGAAAAUGGAGAGAGUGACGAAGAAGAAUCUGUAUACUCUGAAGAAAGUGAUGAUGAGGAUUUAUCAGAAGAUGAAAAGAAGUUACAAAUCUUGGAAGACUCUGUAGGUGUAGCAUAUGAUACAUAUCAAGAAAAGAUUUUGAAUAAAGAUACCAAACGUAAAGUUCGAGAGGAAGCACGACUUCGUCGACAUCACGAUGAAGGUGAACAGGAAUGGACUGGUCUGAAUGAAGAUGAUGGAGGAAGUGUACAUAGUGGUGAUGAUAUUGAGAUGGUUCGAAAGAAGCGGGCUAGGUUUGCCAAGACUAGUAAAUCUGACGAUGAGGAAGAUAGUGAUAGUGAAGGAGAAGAUGUGACUGAUCAAGCUGCGCGAAUUAUGGCUGAACGGGGUUUAAGCUCAAAAGCAUCCACUUCUAAAUCCAAAAAGCGUUUGCUGACUGACUUAACAGAAAAGACAAAUUAUUCUAGCGAAGUGAAAAAUCAAGCUACAGAGAUGUGGUUUGAUCAACCUGUCUUCAAGGAUGUUAAGGGCCUCCAAGGACAACUGAACUUUGAUGAUGAUGAUGAAGAAGAAGAAGACGAGGAUGAAGAUGAGGAUGACGAAGUGCAUGCCGGAUCAUCCGACGAGUCUGCGGAUGAGGAAACAGGAAAGUUUGACGAGAGUGAUGAUGACUUUGAAAUCGUGCCUAAGGAGCCUGUAAAGCCAACUGUGUGGGAUGAAGAAGACUCUGACCAAGACGAAAAGAACGCUCGUAUAGUGCAACAGAAAGGACUUUUGACUCCCGCUGCAAUGCAACUGGCUCUUGAUCUUGUUAACCGACGGAAAACAAAAGAUCAAAUGGUUGACUCUGGGUUCAGAAGAGAUGCCUUCUUUGACGAAAAAGAUCAAUUACCACCUUGGUUUCAAGAUGAUGAGAUGCGACAUUUUCGUGAACACGUACCGGUCACCAAGGAAGCUGUGAAGAUCUUACGAGACAAGAUGAGAGCACUGGACGCUCGACCGAUCAAGAAAGUGGCAGAAGCCAAGGGUCGAAAGAAACUGAGAACAUUACGAAGGAUUGAAAAGAUGCAGAAUAAGGCUAACCUUGUGAAUGCAUCUAGCGAUUUGACUGAAAAGGAAAAAUCGGGUGAGAUUGAAAGAUUGAUGAACCGAAUGAGCAAAAACCCGAAACAAAAGAAUGAAGUGAAAGUCGUGGUGGCCAAAGGAUUCAACCGUGGACAGAAAGGAAGGCCAAAGGGUGUUAAGGGUCGUUAUAAAAUGGUCGAUCCACGAGGUAGGAAAGAGCUUAGGGCUAAGAAAAGAAAAGAGAGGGAGACCAAGAAGCGUUCUUGAAGCUGUUGUACUCUGGCUACUUUCAUAUCCAUGUUCCUCAAGUAAUUGAUUUUUCAAUGGGCAUCUAAUGGGCAUGUCGAAGGCAUAAAUCAGAUCUCAACCCUUCUCUCUCAUAGUAUCCAUUGACUUGAUACAUUCUAAUGUAAUAAUUGUUAUUUCAAUGAGUCUUUUCUUCUAGUUCAUCGCAUUCAGAUCCUUAUAGCUAUGAUUAGCUAUGAUGUUAGUAGCAAAUGGGGCAGUUGUGACUGAUAAACGUGUUUAACUCAUCUGCAGCCCGUCAUUUUUG